CCGGCUUGACAUGAACUAGGGGUCACACGCCUGUUCAGGUCAUAGUUAGAUGAAAUCCAUGAAAAUGAACAUGAAUUUUUUCAUCCAAGAUCAUGGAUUGUAAUCUACUACACAGCCAGGUACAUUAUUUAUAGUGCGGACUUUCUUUUUCUUCCCGCCUCCGAAAGUUUCUGCGGUAUGGCCUCUAGUCCUUCUAUUGCCUCCACCAAUGUCGGGCGCUCACUGGCACCGGCUGCCGAGCGUCUGCCCUUCGAAAUGCUUCAACAGAUUCUCGCUUUUGGUCAUCAGUCACUACAGCCAGCGGAAAUAUCUCGCUUCGUGGUAACCGUGUCGCAUGUCUCAAGAUUUUGGCGUUCUGUUUCCCUACAACAAGGUUGUCUUUGGACAACCCUCGACCUUGCGUGGUCUAAUUGGCAUUGGGGAGUAUGGGCAGAACGUGCGGGUGAUAAGCCGCUGCAUUGCGUGCUGCGGUCGUCUGUUGCAUCACAGGCGGAGGUUCAAAAAAGGCUAGAGCAAUACUCCUCGCGAAUAUCCUCCCUAAUGCUCGCUGUGUCGCGCGAAGACAUUGAAGAUGCCGAGUUCGUGGCGAAUUCCACUCACUUCCCCGCGUUGACAUCACUCAUCAUCAACGUCAAUAACGGCAACCAUACCAAUCGUCAUCCUUACGAGCCAGAUCCUUUCGAAGUAAUUUCCCUUGGGAGAAACAUGCCACAACUCGAAUCUCUCGAUGUCCACGGCGCUUACACUUUGAACAUCUCGAGCGUGGCACAUGGAUUGAAGCAUCUUUCAAUCGACCUUUCCGACUGGGCGCUCCCAGAUUGGUUGAACACACUACGAACCUGUGUGAACAUGGAGUCGCUUCAAGUGACCUGGGAGUUGCCCUGUUCAGCUUGGGAGUGGGGAGAGGGGCCGGAUGAAUGCCCGAUCAUUAUGACAAGCCUUCGCACUCUGGAAAUUAGUGUGGACCAAACCAGCGUGCUUGCAUUCCUCAACUCGCUCCGACUUCCGAUACUAGAAACUUUCCGCCUUGAGGUGAUUGAUCGUUGCCUAUUAUGGGACCGCCGUAUCGGAGGGAUAGAAGCCUUCUUGGCGUCGCUGUGCUCCUUAAAUGAACUCACAAUUACAUCCUACGCUUCAUUCCUAAGUGACUUCCUUCCGUGGCUAUCAUGGAAUCCCCGGGCGGUGUCUCCCCAACUUCUUCCCAGCCUCAAAUCCCUGCUACUUCGCGCGUAUGGUGAUCCGCUGAGGUUGGAGGCCGAUCAACAACAGGAUUAUUUCGAUGACGUUGCACAAGAGCUGAUGCGACUGGUCAAAUCACGCUUUCAGCAGUCUACAACGAAACAAAACCACGUUCUUCAACCGUUCGAUCCCCUGUCAUUGUUAGAUGUUUGCACUCCACACGUCGAGUGGAGUCGCCCACCAUAGCCGUUGUCUUGUCUUCAGGCUGAUUAUUGCGCAUAAUCCGAUCCAACUGGAUCUUUUCGACCUUUUUAUAUAUUAAAUCAUUAUGUUACAUUGUCAUUUGUCAGAUCGUUCUUAUUACCACGUUUUCAGUCUUCUAGUUACAUUGCAGUUUGGCUCGUGAAGUACCUGCUGUCC